AUGGAUGGGCUUGGCUGCCUCAUCUGCUCCAGUUCUAACACAGCCAAAAUCAAGGUGUCAGCCAUCCUGGCCUCUGCAGGAGAAUCUGCUUCCAAGGUUGUUGUCAGAAUCCAGCUCCUUGUAUCUGUUCUAAAUGAUCUGGAAUGUCAUGGAGCUGCUGUAUCAGAACAAAGCCGAGCAGAGCUAGAACAGAAAAUAGAUGAAGCUAGAGAAAAUAUUCGCAAAGCAGAGAUAAUUAAGUUGAAAGCUGAAGCCCGGCUGGACUUGCUAAAGCAGAUUGGUGUUUCUGUGGACACAUGGCUAAAGAGUGCCAUGAACCAAGUAAUGGAAGAACUGGAAAAUGAGCAAUGGGCCCGCCCUCCUGCAGUGACCAGUAAUGGCACUUUACACUCGCUUAAUGCAGAUAUUGAAAGAGAAGAAGGAGAAGAGUUUGAAGACAACAUGGAUGUUUUUGAUGACAACAGUUCCAGCCCUUCUGGCACUUUAAGAAAUUAUCCACUUACCUGCAAAGUUGUUUAUUCCUACAAGGCUUCUCAACCAGAUGAGUUGACCAUUGAGGAACAUGAGGUGUUAGAAGUGAUUGAAGAUGGAGAUAUGGAAGACUGGGUAAAGGCUCGAAAUAAAGUUGGCCAAGUGGGUUACGUGCCAGAAAAGUACCUACAGUUUCCCACCUCGAACAGCCUACUGAGCAUGCUGCAGUCGUUGGCUGCUUUGGACAGUCGGUCACAUACAUCCAGCAAUUCCACGGAAGCAGAACUCGUUUCAGGCAGCCUCAAUGGAGAUGCCAGUGUCUGUUUUGCAAAAGCACUUUAUGAUUAUGAGGGCCAGACAGAUGAUGAGUUAUCUUUUCCUGAGGGAGCAAUCAUCCGUAUCUUGAACAAAGAAAACCAAGAUGAUGAUGGCUUCUGGGAAGGGGAAUUCAAUGGGCGGAUUGGAGUUUUCCCUUCGGUGCUAGUGGAAGAACUUUCAGCCUCAGAAAAUGGCGACACUCCAUGGCUGAGAGAGAUUCAGCAGAUCUCUCCUUCCCCCAAGCCACACGCCUCCCUGCCUCCACUGCCAUUGUAUGACCAGCCUCCCAGCAGCCCUUAUCCCAGCCCAGAUAAGAGGAGCUCCCAGUACUUUUCCCGGUCUCCUUCAGCAAAUGAAAACUGCCUCCAUGCCGAAUCACCAGGAUUCUCACAGGCAUCAAGGCUCACGCCUGAGACCUCAUAUGGCAAGCUGCGACCUGUCCGGGCAGCUCCCCCUCCACCUACACAGAACCACCGAAGGCCAGCAGAGAAGAUCGAGGAUGUGGAAAUCACGCUGGUGUGACGAUGGCUUUGGCCAUACAUUACUGUUACAAUCAAGGCCAGGCUUGGAGUUUGGCUAGUCUUGUUUUUUAGGCACCUUUGCAUGAUGAUGACUCUUGAACAGAGCAAAAACAAAGAGGAUUAUAUGUGACUGGUUGGCCUGGUGAGCUUCUCCCAUGUUUUGAAUAUUUUGUGCCUUUUUUUGUUGUCAUUUUCUAUGUCAUCUCUCCUACCAUAGCACAAAUCCUAGUGGACCCUAGAAACAGAGAUGGGACAGCCCUCAUGCCUAACAGUGGUCCAUUUUUAUAUGAAACUCAAGACCAGGCCUCAUUCCAGGGCACAGUCACAGAAUUACUGAUCAUGUGCACUCGUACAGUAUAUUACUGUGGCCACAAGGACGUGGCAGAGAUUCUCAUCUUUAUUCAAGUGGCUUUUGCUCAUUUGAUUGUUAAUCAGAUCAUGUUGGCUACAUAAGGAAACAAAGGAGGGAUUUCAGGAGAGGCUGGCUCCUCCCCAAGAUUAGUCCCCAGACUGAGAACGUGAAACCUUACUGGGAAAAAAGUGGCCUGCCCUGAGUUUAGCGCCAAUUGCAUUAACACACAUCUCUCUCACAACUAACAGAUUUUAAAUAACAGUGUCCUUUGUAUUAAUAUUUAUACCAUUCAUUUAGUAUUAGUGGAGCUAAUAUGGAGGGGCUGAACUAGUAGCCACAUCUUGUCCAUCACAUAGACUAAUAGAAAGGAGGCUAUGGCUAAAACAGAAAUGGAACUUCCAGAUCUGAAAUGAGCCAAUUUAAUAUUCUUUUUGUAUUUGGAUAUUUUUCAUCUUAAUUUUUACAAAAUAUGCUCUUCUGACCAGUGUCUUUAGAAUCUGUGUCUAGUAAAUGGAGAACAUGUUAUCUGCAUUGUUGAGCUUCUCUACUGGGGAGGGCCCUAGCAUUAUUUUAUUCCCCAGCCAGUACAUUGGCCAAGAUAGCCAGGUUGUGGCUUAUGUAAACCAGCUGCCACCUGUGGAAAGUGGAGCUUCCUGGUCCCACUGCCCUGGCCUCUCCUUGGGAUGAAGAACCCGUGGGCUCAUGGAGGAAACCGCUUCCUAUGAGAAAGGACUAAAAGAUUGCAUACCCUGCACAAGAGCAGACUGAUGCGGAAAAGGCAAAUGUCUUCUGCGUGUCACAGGGGGAACCAGGAGUGGUGUUCUCCACAGCUAGCAAGCCCACAGCAGCAGAUGCCCUGCAGUAGGAUAGGCCUCUGGUUCCCCACUCCUGUGGAAGGUAGGGAGUGUUACCUAAUGACUAAGGGAUGUUUGCCAGUGGCCUUUUUACUUUUGUUAAGAAAUCAAAUUGGCAGAAUUUAAUCCAAAAGUUGUAUUAUGCUUUGAAAAUUCCGUCCCUCCUAAGAACCUUUAAAAAUUUGAAAUACUCGCCAAAUGUCCCCAUGGGAUUUUUUACCAAAAGUCAGGUCAUAGCUGAAGAAAUGUUCAGUUAGUCAUUUGAUCACUUCAGUGACAAUAUCUAUUGAUGAAUCUUCUCCAUGAUUUUGGAUUGGUUUUGUUUUUUGCAUUUCUUAACCUGUUGAUCUAUUUGAGGUCUUUUUGUUUAUCAAACUUAUUCUUAAGUUUAAAAACGAAAUUAAAAGGGUGGGUUUUUUAAAGAUUUUAAGGUUUGCUGACAUGCUGAAAAUCUUCAAAGUGCUUAUAAAUAGAGCAGUUCUUGCCACCCAUUCUUGUUUUCUGUCUUUAGCUAGCCAAAUUGUCCUUGAAUUUGGGUUUUCCACCUCAGAGGGUUAUUUGAAAUCUUUUGUUAUAUUUUAAAAUAUUUUUUCGAAGAGCUGCUAAUUUUAUUUUAAAAAACAAAAGUUGUAAAAAUAUGCCUCCUUUAAAAAAAAUAACUCUUCCCUCCAGAAUAUGUAACCCAGCAUCACAAUGCACAGGGUAGGGCUCGGAGGGGGCCUCUGUGCAGAUGUGCUUUCUUUACAGUGGCUGUAAAAAGUUUGUAUUUAUUAUGUAUAAAAUGUUGAAUAAUAAAAAAAUGGAAUUAA